ACUCUGUUCGCCCCGCCCCGUCCCGCCUCAUCUCGCUCUAGGGGGCGCAGGCGCACACCUGGUGGCAAUAAAUAGUCUAGGUUCUCGUUGCCCACCACCAGGGAGUAGUUUUUUUUUUUUUUAUCAGAUAUUGCCUUUGCAAAUUUUUUGCUUCUUGCUCCAACCGUAUGCCAUGGCCGAACAGCCGACGUACAGAACAGAGACACCCCAAGACCCCCAACGCCUGUGGAUCUGGGAGAAGCACGUGUACUUGGAUGAGAAUAAACGAAGCUGGCUGCCCAUAGUCCUCAAGACUGAUGAAAAAGUCCAGGUGAUCUUGCGCCAGCAAGACGUCCCCUUGGGGCUUGCUAUGAUCCCUGAGCAGCUGGAGGCAUACGAGCUGCCUUUAAUGUGGCAACUGUACCCAGGGAAGAAGUACCGUGGCAGUGACUCCAUGCUCUGGCAGAUACUGUACCACAUCAAGUUCAGAGGCGUGGAGGACAUGCUGCUUGAACUGAUGGAGUCCGAAGACUAUCCAUGACUCGGUCCUGCAGCUCCUGUCUCCCUUGCCUCCCCAGGCCCGCACGAGACAUAUUUGUACUUAUAAUCGCUUUGCUGCUCCCCUCCUUCCUCCUCCACACUGGGUUCCAGGAAGAAAUCUGGCCGGAGGCUCCCCCUUCCCGUGCUCCUACAGCCUGCUCAGCUGCCCUGGCUGACCCUCCACUCUGUUGUCUCCCCGGCAAGUGGCACCAGAGAAAUGCCUGGUUCUUACCGUCUCUAGGUGCUGUGAUCUGAGCCCUCUCAACUGACUAAUUUUGCAGACUCUCCCUUUUGUCCCUUGGGGUAACCAGUGCCUGGCUUUUGAGCUAUCCCACUCCCUCAUUGGUCGCUCAGUUAUACAUGUAUCCCGAGGGACAAGGACUAGUCACUUGAAUCUGGUCAGCUCUACCAUCUGUCAAGGUGCUGUGCCUGUACCCACUUGACCUGUGAAACCCCACCUACCCAACAAACUUAGGCUUGGUCGCAAAGCAGUAUAAGGCCUGAGAGUUUCAUGCCCCUCCUCGGAACCCAGGAGCUUGCAGCCAGGGAUAUGCCUACAGAUGGCCCUCACUAGGGCAGGAGGCCAGGCAAUGGAGCUGGUUUAGAUGAGUCCUCAGAUUGGGGCUCCCUCUCUUCACUGGUACCCAUAUACCUGAGCGAUCGGAUGCUGUAUUUAAUGUAAUGCUGUGUUUUAUGUUGCUGAUUAAAUAUGUUGUCUAACCUGU